AUGGUUGUCCUCGCCUUUCUCCUAUCCUUCCUCUUUCCUGUGCUUGCCAUCCAAGCCAACGUUGCUGGUAUAGUGGACUGGCACAAACCGCUGAUUGGCGAGCCUCAUCUCGGACCCACCCCUCCGGGAAUAUACGAUACUUCAAAGGGAAGGCGUGUUGUCUCUCUGACCAAGAAGAACGUGCUCGCUUGCAUAGAUGCAAAGACGGGAGAUAUAGCCUGGAGACACCUCUUUGACGAGAAGGAUCCAGUGGUGUCAUACCACGUCCACGGGGAUGAUGUCAUUCUGCUCUCUGGGUCCGGAGGAGCCACUGCCCGAUCCAUAUCUAUGGAAACUGGUCGUGUCACCUGGGAGAAGACACUAUUGCCCGAAUCUGUUGCUCAGUUGACCGUCCCUGUGCACCUGGGUACAGAUGUUGGGUUUUCAGAUGACAGCGUCCUGGUCCUGUCCAAUGGUCGCCGGAUUACACGACUGGCCAUCAAAUCUGGGAACCAACUCUGGAGUCUGGAAGCACCAGGCGUAGGCGAUACCAUCCUAUUCAAGCAGUUGCUGGUUUCUGGUCCAACUGUCCAUAUCCUCGCUCUCUCAUCGGGCUUUUCAAAAACAUCAUUGACCACCUUAUCGCUCUCCCUCGAGACCUCUGAGCCUCGAGGAGACCUCAUUCACGUCCCGUCUAUUAUCUCAAAUCCCUCGCAAGCUCUUUUGGCGGCAGCUUCCACACCUGGUUCCGCUCAAGUCGUUUGGGCCGAACAUGGACGAAUAAGAACAGCAGAAGUGGACACGCAUGGAACUCUGGGCAAGACUAAGGAUCUCAUGCCAGGUCAAGGGCACGUCUAUGAUCGAAUCCUCGAAGUCGAUGGACGACACCAGGGAUACAUUCUCGGACAGAAGGAGAAUAUGGCCGUCCAGAUCAUCAGGGUCAAAGAUGGUGCGCAGAUCAUUGACGAGUUCGACUCCUCGCAUCAUUCUGCGGACAAGUCGGACUCUGUCUACGCUGCCUCGAGCCUCAAAGACUCGCUCACGUUUAGCCGAGUGUAUUGGACCUUCAACAUGAACGCCGGAGUCGCACAGACGUACACGCUUCAAGGUACUACAUCUAUAUCCACCGCAUUCACCUUUUCGUUCGACACAGCCAGUCAUGGCGUACUUCAAGGCCUGGCCAUCGCUCCCACAAUCGGUCCAAAACAAAUGCCUCAGAUCCUGCUCAGUACUUCCAGCGGCGCAUCGCUUUUGGUCGAGCAAGAAGCUACGCGGUGGAUAAGGGAAGAGAGUCUCGCAGAUCUCGCUGCCGUCCGUUUCGUCACUUUGGGCGAACCCGCCGUUGAGCAAGUCGGGCAUUUGUUGACAGAGGAAACGUUUGUCCAUCGACUCGGUCGACACAUUUUCGAGCUCAAAGAUCUUCCAGGUUUUACGCUCCGCCUUGUCAAGCGAAUGAUGGGCAAGCAGACCACGGCUUUGAUCCCGAUGCAGACGGCCAGUUUGCAUCGCGAUCAAUUUGGAUUCCAACAGGUCCUCAUAGCCGUCACUCGUUCAGGCAAAGUGUUCGCUCUCGACAGCUCAAACGGAUACGUUCUCUGGACUACGAACCUCGGCACGUUCUCGUCGGAGGGUUCCAAUCUCCAUGUCGAGGACAUGUGGGUGGUAAGGGAAGUCGGGGAGGGCGUCAAUCCCACUUUGGCGGUCAUUGCGACUCGAGAGGCCGCCGUGAGUUAUCGUGACGUUGUCGGGUACCAUAUCGACGCUUUCACCGGUCACGUUUCGGGAGACGAGGACGAUCUCACUCAUGUGCCCAAGGGGAAGACGCUCUUUCAAGGGCACCUGAAAGCCGCCUUUAUCACUCGGCACGAACACUGUGGUACCAACAACAAGGUCAUCGCCGUGGUAGACUCGUCGGAUACCGUCUACUUAUUCCCGGCAUGCAAAAAGGUCGCAAGGGCGCUGGCAAACGACACCAUGACCUACACGAGUCUGACCAAAGGUCUUGGUACACAGACAUUGACAGGUUACAAAAUCGGCCAAGCUGUUGAUCUGCUCCUUUCGUCCGCCCCUCAAUGGUCUUAUCGCUUCUCUGAUGGCGAAGUCCUCGGUUCAAUUGCGCCCGCAGGAUUCGACUCCAUCGCAUCCUUUGGUCGUGUCCUGGGCGACAAGUCGACCUUUUACAAGUACCUCAACCCGCAUCUCGUAGUCAUGACCAGUACGCACCCGCUCAAGCAGACUGGCUCCGUCACGGUGCUUGACAGUGUGACUGGCCGUACUGUGUAUACGGCCACCAUGGAUAAUGUGGACUCUGCCAGAGGGGUCAUCGCCACCAUGAGCGAGAACUGGCUAGUCUUUACAUGGUUGGAGACCGGUGUGGGUUACCGAAUGACUUCGGUAGAAUUAUACGAGGACGGGAACAAGGGGCAAACGCCGGGAACGUCUUCAUAUGCGCAGACACAGGACCUCAAAGUCAUCUCUCAAUCAUUCAUCGCACCCUCUGGAGUCAGACAAAUGGUGAUGACUCGGUCGAAGUUCGGAAUUACCAUGAAAGAGCUUGUCUACGUGAAUGAUCGCGGACAAGUCGCUCAUAUCGCCCGACGGGUGCUUGAUCCACGACGACCGACUGGGAAACCCACUUCAAGCGACAAGGAGGAGAUGUUGAUCCCGUUCGAUCCUAUGAUCCCUCCUGAUCCAAAACGUGUCAUCUCGCAUAAUAACCAGGUCCUCGGCGCUACUUGCUUGACUUCAUCGCCUGCUCAUGUCGAAUCGACGUCACUGCUGUUCGCGCACGGCCUCGACUUGUUCUUUACUCGGGGUCUCACCCCUUCUGGCUCCUUUGACAUUCUCUCGGACGCAUUCAAUAAGCCUCAACUGGUGUUCACGCUGCUGACUUUGUUAAUGGCCAUCCGGGUCAGUCAACCCAUAAUCAAAGGUAGACUACUGAAAGCCAAGUGGAAUUGAGGAGUUCCAUAAGAAGCGCAGAAGACGGCAAAAAAUGCAUGACAUGAACAUUUACUCCACAUUGCGAAUGAUCAUUCGGACUGUAUCGAGAAUCGAUUGUAGUAUAUCGUCGAACCUAUUCGAUUCGCCUCGUGCUUCUUUCUCACCCUCGGCCAGGAGGAGUGGAACGUCGAGCACUUCAAUCUCGAGCUCGUAGGACAGUUGAGGCGGUCCGUUUUCUUGCUGAGUAAGAGUCAGAGAUGUCCGCGCGGGACUCUGACCCACUCUCAUUGUCACAACGGUCAAAUCGAUCCGACAGAA